AAUUUAAACAAAAAAAUCUGUUAUGAGCGCAAUCUUUUCCACUAGCCGCAAAGUGUUCGUUUUUUUAGUUCAACGUGCGUCUGGCUUAUUUGACUUAACUUUAAUUUAAAAGCAGAGAAAAUAAUCACAAAAUCAGAUUUUGUAUUUCUAUUGUAAUAGAAAAAAACAGUUUUUCUUCAACCAUGCACUCUAUAAUCAAUCGUAAGCAAAAACAAAGCUUCAAAAAAGUGAUUACUUGACUUUCCUACUUGUACAUGGCGUCUAUAAACCAAGGAGAAUUCAUUCAUGUUGUUGAUCUUUAUUAAGAUUUUUAUUGUCUUAGUAGCCCGAAUCAAGAAGUAAGUGGAACAAAACAAUGGCUUCAGCUCUUGCUGGAGAUGAUCUACUAGCAAGGUCGAUGAGCAGCGGAAGGAGCUAUCGGAGCUGGACCUCAGCCAGCUUCAGGGAGGUUUGGCAAGCUCCGCCGGAAGCGUUUGGCAGGAGUGGACGUCAAGAUGAGGAGGAGGAGGAACUACGUUGGGCGGCUAUAGAGAGGUUACCCACGUAUGAUCGGUUGAGAAAAGGGAUGUUGACACAGAUUCUUGAUAACGACAAAGUGGCUCACCAUGAAGUUGAUGUAGCUAAGCUUGGAAUGCAAGCUAAGAAGCAGUUAAUGGCUAGUAUGUUGAAAGCUGUUGAAGAAGAUAAUGAAAACUUCUUGAGAAGAUUAAGGGACAGAACCGAUAGAGUGGGGAUCGAGAUUCCAACCAUUGAAGUUCGGUUUCAGCAUUUGGAAGUUGAAGGAGAUACAUAUGUUGGAAGCAGAGCUCUGCCUACUCUUCUCAAUGUUACCUUGAACACCAUAGAGAGCAUUCUCGGAUUGCUUCGGCUUGCACCAUCUAAGAAGAGAAAAAAUCAGAUACUUAGAGACGUUAGCGGCAUAAUCAAACCUUCGAGGAUGACUCUGCUUCUAGGUCCUCCAGGAGCUGGAAAAACAACGUUGUUGAUGGCACUCGCUGGAAAGCUUGAUCGUGAUCUAAGGUCAUCUGGGAAAGUCACUUAUUGCGGUCACGAAUUGAAUGAAUUUGUUCCUCAAAGAACAUGCGCUUAUAUUAGUCAACACGAUCUUCACUAUGGCGAAAUGACAGUGAGGGAGACAUUGGAUUUUUCGGGACGUUGUUUGGGUGUGGGUACCCGAUAUGAAAUGCUUUCGGAGUUGUCCAGGAGAGAGAAGGAAGUUGGAAUUAAGCCUGAUCCUGAGAUUGAUGCUUUCAUGAAAGCCACAGCAGUUGCGGGCCAAGAAACAAGCUUGGUCACCGAUUAUAUUCUAAAGAUACUUGGAUUGGAUAUUUGUGCGGAUAUCAUGGUCGGAGAUGAUAUGCGUCGGGGUAUUUCCGGUGGGCAAAAGAAGCGUGUCACCACAGGAGAAAUGUUGGUCGGACCAGCAAAGGCUUUAUUUAUGGAUGAAAUAUCAACAGGAUUGGAUAGUUCAACUACUUUCCAGAUUUGCAAGUUCAUGAGACAAAUGGUUCAUAUCAUGGAUGUAACCAUGAUCAUUUCUCUUCUACAACCAGCGCCGGAGACAUUCGAUCUAUUCGAUGACGUUAUCGUACUCUCAGAGGGUCAAAUUGUCUACCAGGGUCCACGUGAGAGUGUCCUGGAUUUCUUCGAAUUCAUGGGCUUCAAAUGUCCUGAAAGAAAAGGAAUUGCAGACUUUCUGCAAGAAGUAACAUCCAAGAAAGACCAACAACAAUACUGGUUCCAAAAGAGCCUACCUUACGGAUAUGUUUCAGUUUCUGACUUUGUUAAUGGCUUCAGUUGCUUCCGCAUUGGUCAGCAACUUUCAAUGGAUCUUAAGGUUCCUUAUGACAAAACUAGUACCCACCCUGCUGCUUUAGUUACUAAAAAAUAUGGAAUUUCCAAUUGGGAACUGUUCAAGGCGUGCUUUGCAAGGGAAUGGCUGCUAAUGAAGCGAAACUCGUUCGUGUACAUUUUUAAGACUGUCCAAAUAACAAUCAUGUCAUUGAUUGCCUUGACUGUGUUUCUAAGAACUGAAAUGCCAGUUGGAUCCUUCGAAAAUGGUCAAAAAUUCUUUGGGGCCUUGUUUUUCAGUCUAAUCAAUGUGAUGUUCAAUGGAACGGCGGAACUUGCAAUGACGGUUUUCAGGCUACCAGUGUUCUAUAAACAAAGGGACUUCUUGUUUUAUCCCGCGUGGGCUUUUGGUUUGCCAAUUUGGGUGCUUAGAAUCCCACUGUCACUAAUGGAAUCAGGGAUUUGGAUUGCUCUAACAUACUAUACAAUUGGCUUUGCUCCAGCUGCUAGCAGGUUUUUCCGACAGUUCUUGGCAUUCUUUGGCAUCCAUCAGAUGGCUUUGUCGCUCUUUAGGUUCAUUGCUGCAAUAGGAAGAACAGAAGUGGUGGCAAACACCUUGGGUACCUUCACCUUGUUAUUGGUUUUUGUACUUGGAGGUUUUAUCAUUGCCAAAAAUGACAUUGAGCCAUGGAUGAUCUGGGGCUACUAUGUUUCUCCUAUGAUGUAUGGACAAAAUGCCAUCGUCAUGAAUGAAUUCCUUGAUGAAAGAUGGAGUGCGAACAAUACAGACCCCAGAAUUGAUGCACCAACAGUGGGUAAAGUUCUUCUUAAGACCAGAGGCUUCUUCACCGAAGAAUAUUGGUUUUGGAUUUGUGUUGGAGCACUCUUCGCAUUCUCCCUUGUCUUCAACAUUUUAUUUAUUGGAGCUUUGACUUUCCUGAAUCCUCUGGGUGGUUCCAAAGCAGUAGUUGUCAAUGAAGAUGAAAAGAAGACUAAAAACCCAUACUCGGGUGGAAGAAUACCGGAAGGUAUUCAUAUGAAAGCAAGAAACUCUUCGAACAAUCCUAGAAAAGGCAUGGUUUUGCCUUUCCAACCCCUUUCGCUUGCGUUCAACCAUGUUAACUACUAUGUUGAUAUGCCUGCUGAAAUGAAGACUCAAGGCAUAGAAGUAGAUCGCCUUCAGCUGCUUCGAGAUGUUAGUGGUGCUUUCAGACCAGGAAUAUUGACAGCGUUAGUGGGUGUGAGUGGUGCUGGAAAGACAACCCUGAUGGAUGUUUUAGCAGGGAGGAAAACAGGCGGAUACAUUAAGGGACAUAUCAGUAUCUCAGGUUACACCAAGAACCAAGCAACCUUUGCUCGUGUCAGCGGUUACUGUGAACAAAAUGACAUUCACUCCCCACAUGUCACCGUUUACGAAUCACUCUUGUACUCAGCUUGGCUCCGUCUUGCUUCCGACACAGAUACCAGCACUAGAAAGAUGUUUGUUGAGGAAGUUAUGGAGUUGGUCGAGCUCAAACCACUAAGGAAUGCUUUAGUUGGUCUUCCUGGAAUUGAAGGCCUUUCAACUGAACAAAGGAAAAGGUUGACAAUAGCCGUAGAGUUGGUUGCUAAUCCUUCUAUCAUCUUCAUGGAUGAGCCAACUUCAGGGCUUGAUGCCCGGGCUGCAGCCAUCGUUAUGCGAACAGUGAGAAACACUGUGGACACAGGGAGGACUGUUGUCUGCACAAUUCAUCAGCCUAGUAUUGACAUAUUUGAAGCAUUUGAUGAGUUGUUGUUAAUGAAAAGAGGAGGGCAAGUCAUUUAUUCUGGACCUCUUGGUCGCCAUUCUCACAAGCUUAUAGAAUAUUUUGAGGCCGUCCAAGGGGUUCCGAAGAUCAGAGAUGGAUACAAUCCGGCGACAUGGAUGCUUGAAGUCAGUGCUCCAUCUGUCGAGGCUCAAUUGGAUGUGGAUUUUGCUGAUAUUUACGCCAAUUCAUCACUUUAUCGGAUGAACCAAGAACUUAUCAAAGAGCUGAGUGCACCAGCACCUGGCACCAAGGAUCUCUUCUUCCCAACACAAUAUUCUCAGCCAUUCCUCACCCAAUGCAAGGCUUGCUUUUGGAAACAACACUGGUCUUACUGGAGGAACCCUCAAUACAAUGCCAUCAGGUUUUUUAUGACAACAGUUAUCGGCAUCUUAUUUGGUAUUAUCUUCUGGAACAAAGGACAACGGAUAUCAAGACAACAAGAUCUGAUGAAUCUUCUCGGAGCAAUGUAUUCAGCCGUGCUUUUCCUCGGAGCAACCAAUGCUGCUGCUGUUCAAUCUGUUGUUGCAAUAGAGAGAACAGUCUUCUACCGGGAAAGAGCAGCUGGAAUGUAUUCUGAAUUGCCUUAUGCAUUCGCUCAGGUGGCAAUAGAGAUAAUCUAUACUGCAAUUCAAACUCUCAUUUAUACAUUACUUAUUUACUCGAUGAUAGGAUUUGAGUGGACGCCUGUGAAAUUCUUAUGGUUCUACUACUACAUAUUAACAUGCUUUAUCUACUUCACCUUGUAUGGAAUGAUGGUCGUCGCUCUAACUCCUGGUCAUCAAAUUGCCGCCAUUGUCAUGUCAUUCUUCCUAAGUUUUUGGAACUUGUUCUCUGGUUUUCUCAUUCCUAGGACUCAAAUCCCUAUAUGGUGGAGGUGGUAUUAUUGGGCAUCUCCAGUGGCUUGGACACUAUAUGGCCUUGUGACGUCUCAAGUGGGUGACAAGGACGGUCCUCUUGAGGUCCCUGGACGGCAAAAUAUGACCGUAGAGGGCUUCCUUAAAGAAGAUUUGGGUUUUGAAUACAGCUUUCUUCCAGCAGUUGCCGUGGCUCAUGUUGGAUGGUGUCUCCUUUUCUUCUUCGUAUUUGCCUAUGGUAUCAGGUUCCUCAACUACCAAAGGAGAUAGAUAAGCUUAGAAUUUCAAAUUCACCAAACCAUUACAUUGACCAACUCCAUUGAAAACAACUUGUAGUUGGUCGGUGGAAACGAUAGUUCUAUAUUCUUUUUACAUAAAUGCAGCGACAAGAUUUUGCUGCUGUUAAGACAGAAAUGAAA